GAGGAAUAGAAAUUGUGAAGAGUUAUCCUAGGUCCUGGAAACCAAGAAAGCAUGGCGGAUCCCAACAUGGGUAAUGAAUAUUCGACUGAAGGAGAUCCCAAUGAAGAGGUUCCAAAAGAUCCUCUGUCUAUUACCGAGGAAGAUAAAAAAAAUGCUGAAGAACUAAAAGAAGAAGCAAAUUUACUUUUCAAAAGUAAGAAUCAACCAAAUGCUGUCUAAAGUGUAUGAAUUAGGUCGAAUUCUUUAGAAUCAAAAUAAUCCCAAGUCCAAGUGACCCAAGUUAAGCCUAAAUACUAAAUUCAGAUACUCGUAAAAUAAAAAUAACUAAUCACACUGUCAAUUACAAUAAAUUGUACUGGCAAUGGAAUUGCCUCAUUUGGCAUAAUAUUUUAAAUUAUUUUUACUUAGUGAUAGUGUUAGGCCUAUUUAUUAAUAUUAAUAGUCUGUCUGAAUAGACUAGAGAAAUAGCCGAAAUUUCUAUUAAAAAUUAUCACAACAUACUGAACAUAGAAUUGUCAUUGUUAGUUUGAUUGUAAUAGUAAUAUUAAUUGUUAGUGACUUCAGUGAGUCACUGCUGGUCACUAGAGGUACUAGACUGUAUAUGCAUUUUUUUGUAAGUGUAAGACUAGACAAUUAGACAAAAUGAAAAGCAUGAGUUGUCCAUUGUGAUUUCACAAGUAUAACUAUUUUAAAUAUAUUAGGGUGGAGAAAAAAAUAAUUCAAUAUUAAUAUUUGGAUGAAGUUUGUAGUUCUUAUGAUUGUAGUCGUAGUAUGUCUAUUCAUUGGUCACUAAAUUAAAAUAGUAUAGUAGACCUAUACUACUAACUUCCCAUUCAAUCGCCAACAAUCGGCAAUUUUUUUGCAUGUCCAUUUUACUACUAAUAUCAAUAAAUGGACUUAAAUGGCUUUUAUUAAGCUUUACUGUGAAGAAAGGCGGAGGAGUGGCUAAACAAAAAAUUAAAUAAUUAUGCUUUCGCCUUCGCCAUUUAUUCAAUAUUCAACAUUUUAUGUUGAUUAGUUUUAGCUAAAUUUAACUUUUAUUGAAUGGGCCUAACCAUGCAAUGAAACAUUAUCUAAAUAAGUUUAAAUAACAAAUGGAAAAUUAGUUUAAAAACAUUUUCGUAUGAUUUACAAAAGCUAAGAUAUGCAAUUUACAUUGAAUAAAUCUCUUGCAUAUACCGUAUCAAGUAUUCAUGCUAUUUUGUCCAAUUUUUUACCACCCACGCCCUCUCCAUAUCAACGAAAUUGUGAUAAUUAAUUAGACACUUUUAUCAGCUCAAAUAAGUGACCUACCAUACCCAGAGUAUUGAAAUGUAAAUAGUUCUGGUCUUAGCUCAGUUUUUAAAAUAUGGCACUUAAUUGAUUUUUACACCAGGCCCUUCAUUUGGGAAUAUGUGCUCAGCUGAUUUAUUACUGUACCAGCAUUCAUAUCAUGUUUUUAUAUGUCUUAUUCUAAUGUCACCUAAUAUAAAUGACUUUAACCUUUAGAUUUUCGUAGUUUUAAGUCACUCAUGAAGCAAGAUUUACAAGAGUAUUUACUAAUAUUCAUUAAAUUAAAUUAUUUCUUUUCUUACUUGUGCUGUAUUUUUGGUCAGAUGAAAGUUAUUCCAAAGCAAUUGAAAAGUAUUCUGCCGCUAUUCGGUUGAAUCCCUUUGUUGCAGCCUAUCAUGGCAACAGAAGUUUUGCAUACCUACGCACAGAGUGCUUUGGAUAUGCACUAUCAGAUGCAUCUAAAGCUUUGUCUUUAGAUAAGAAUUAUCUUAAGGUGGGUUAAAUGCACUUAUAAAAUUAAUUCUGUUCUAAUUAGGAUUUUUUAAUGAUUUUUAAAUAAAUUUUUGGACAUACAUACAAGUUUUUUGAAAAGAAUUUUGCAUUUAUUUAACAACAGUGUUUUUCUGUUAGUAAUAUUUAUGACGUUUUCAACUUGCAGGCAUAUUAUAGACGAGCAUCUGCUAACAUGGCAUUAGGAAAGUUUAAAUUGGCAUUGAAAGACUUUGAAGCUGUGAGUUUUGACUAAAACAAAUUUGCAGAUUUUCUAGUGACAACAAAAUUACUACAUAGAUUUUGUAGAGGAUCAUGUUUUCAAAGAGAGAUAUUACCAUGAAAUUUUUAUUUUUACUCUUACUCUUAAUAAAUAUCUUGACUUUGGAGUGGAAAAUCUUAAUUAUUAAAAUUUGAUUUCAUUUAUAUAAUAUAAAGAAAGAUUGAAAUUUUAAUGUACUGUAAAUGUAAAUUUUAAUUUUUUACAAACAUUAAAAUAUUAAAAAAUAUAAAAUUUACCACCUUUGAAGCUUACUUUUAUUAUUGUAUGUUUUAAACUUUAGGUGACCAAGGUGCGUCCCAGUGAUAAAGAUGCUAAGAUGAAGUUUGAUGAGUGCAAUAAAAUUUGCAAGAGAAUAGCAUUUGAAAAAGCAAUUGCCACAGAUGAUGGAAAAUGUUUAUCAGACACUAUUGAUAUUGAAAGUUUAGGUGAAUAGAGCAACUUUACCAUCCAAUGUUCUUUAUUGUUACAAACCAAUCUUUACCAUUCAAUGGUCUGCGCAUCUAUUUCAUACACAAGUUUCCAAUAUGAUUUAAUCAGUUCUUACAUUGUAUUUCAUUAUAGAAUUAUUAUACCUGAAUUCUUGAAAACUCUAUUUUCUAGUGGAUAUAUGGCUUAUUAUAUGGUAAUAAUAAUUAAUAUUAUGUGUGCAGCUGUUCUGUUCAAUUAAAAACACUUAGUUGCAAAGGCUAUAAUUCCUUUUAUAAUUUCAUUUUUUUAAAACAAUCUAUAUUAAACAUUUAAUGUUUUCAAUAUCUUGGCUAUAGUAAUUUCUCUUUUAUUUUCUUUUAGUUAUUGAGCCAAAUUAUGAUGGUCCACAUUUACAAGAUGGGAAAGUAACUAAAGAUUUUGUUGAAAAUCUAAUGGAAGCCUUUAAAGAACAAAAGAAAUUGCCAAAGAAAUAUGUUUGUCAGGUGCUUAUAUCCAAUAUUUAUUAAGAUUAUGAUUAAUUAUAAAUAUAUCUAAAAAGAAUUGUAAUUGUUUUAAUGAGUAAAAUUUUAAAAACAUAAUAGCUUGUGUAAUGUUAACAAUCUAAAAUAAUUCUAUUUCAGAUUUUGAUACAAGCAAAGAAACUUUUCAGUGAACAGGAUUCACUUGUUUAUAUUGAUGUACCUGGGGUAAAAAAAAAAAAAUAUUUUUAUUCCCCUAAGCCUAAUAUUUUUGUUCUUAAUGUAGUUAUGGUUUACCUCCCCAAGUCACUUUGGAAAAAGUGAAUCUUCUUUAAACCAAAAAUCUUUUUAAAAUAUAUAGUUUUAAGAACUGCAUUUUCAAGUUGUCCUAAGGUUUACCUGAACAUCAUUAGUUUCUAAUGAGGUGUUAAGACCACCUCUGUUAAAAAAAAUUAAGAAAAAAAGAAACUAGGAUGAGUUAUUUAUAAAUUAUUAUGUUAUUGAAAUAUGUUACACUACAAUGAUUUUUUAAAUACUAUAGAAUUAUGGAGAUUUAUUUUAAGAAUUCUGCCCUUGUUUCUUUUUCAGAAAUCAAAAUUUACCAUUUGUGGCGACAUUCAUGGCCAGUAUUAUGAUUUACUAAACAUUUUCCAAAUGAAUGGAAAUCCUUCAGAAGAAAACCCAUAUGUAUCCUAAAGUUAAUAACUAGUUUUAAAUACUUACACUGCCUGAAGAAAGUUACUUUCAGUUAUUAAAUAUGAAAAUAUAAUUGAUUGUUUUAUGUUACUAUUGAGACAAAUUUCAUCAACUGGAGCAGGAUGUUUGAAUGGUUUCUUAUGCAGUUUACAGUUUAUUAUAUUUCUAAAUAUGCAAAGAACUCAGUUAAUUUUAACAACAAAAUGUGUGUUUUUAAUUCAUCUUGUAGAUUUUGUAUCACCUUGCACAUUUAUUUGUUUACUUUAUUUUCAAUAAUCUAAGAGAUUCCUUAAGUUUCUAUCAGCUUUUCAAUGGAGAUUUUGUUGACAGAGGAUCCUUUUCUGUUGAAUGUAUAAUGACCCUACUUAGCUACAAACUUCUUUAUCCAAAACAUUUUUUCAUGGCACGAGGUGAGAUGAAAAACAUAACACUAUUUUCAGUUUAGAUUUAAACAUUACUGAUCUUUUCUCAUACUUUAAAUUUUAAAGAAAAAAAUUUACCUUCUGGUAUUUCUAUUUUAGGAUAUAAAUUGGUUAAUUUUGCUAUUUUUUCAGGCAAUCACGAGAGUUUAACAAUGAAUCAAAUGUAUGGUUUUGAAGGUGAAGUCAAAUCAAAGUAUCCUUUUUUUCAACUUCAAUUGUAACUGUUACAACAGUUAUAUAAAUGUAGCUAAUUGGUUUUGUCUUCAUUCAUGAUUUAUUAAAUAAAACAAAAUUAAAUUUCAUUUGAUGCCAUUAUAUGAAAUUCCUAUCAUAAAGAUAAAAUGUACUAUAUUUUUAAUUACCAGUACUUUUCAAUAAGAUGUAUUAGGCUUCUUUAUUUAAGAUGUUUAUUUCCAACAUGGUUUACAUACUGAUAACAUUAUGUGCUGUUACAAAAUCACACUCGCACACACACAUAUAUAUAUGUCUGCAUUUGUGUUAUCACGCAUGGACUACUGCAAUGCUCUCAUGGUGGGUCUCCCAGCUACGCUCCUGGAUAAAAUUCAAAGACCACAGAAUAAUGUGGCUCGCAUUUUUCUUCGCAAACGCAAAUUCGACCAUGCUAAAACACUUCUGAGGGAGCUACACUGGCUGCCGGUCCGCGCUCGCAUAGAGUACAAAAUUGCAACUUUGUGCUACCGCUGCUUACAUGACCUGGCGCCAUCUUAUCUCAAAGCACUCAUGACGCCUUAUGUGCCCACUAGAGAGCUCCACUCAUCUGAUAGUGGCAAAAUAUCGAUACCGUGUGUUCGCCUUGAGACUUACGGAAAGCGCACUUUUGCAUUUGCCGGCCCAACAAUUUGGAACGCACUUCCAGUCGCUCUCAGAAACAGCCAGACACUGGAGUCCUUUAAAACCGAUUUAAUAACACAUCUAUUUCGCAAACACCUUCUGGGGUGAUGCUAUCUACCAUCUUUUUCAGUUAAUGUAUAUUGGCUUGUGUUGCUUAUGGUUGAAACGGGAUGAAAGACUUAGACUCAGUAUGCUCGUAUUUAGCUUUAUAUUGUUGCGUCUGUUUUUAAAUGUGGUAAAUUUUAGAUUGUUUUUAUUUCUCUUUUUAAUAUGGUUGGUACCGCGCUUCGAGCUUUUGGGUAUGAAGCGUGUUUUUCAAAUAAACUUUAUUAUUAUUAUUAUUUAUUAUUACAUAUAUAUAUAUAUGUAUAGUCUCAUUUCUCUGCCAGUGCACACAAUGCCUUAACUUCAUAAAUAGAUACUCAACACAACUGUGUGAACUUUUCACAGAGGUUUUUAAUUGGCUUCCUUUAGCACAUUGUAUAAAUAAGAAAAUUUUGGUAGGAUAAUUUUAUAGUUGUUUGCAUUGUUUAAUUUGUUGUUUUGUCUAUACUGAAGCUUGAUUGAAAUAUGCUUUACACAUGGAUUUCAUGACCUGAAAAUCUUACUUUAUGAACUGAAAUUAUAUACACCCCAGUAUAUUACUUAACAUUUUUUAUGAGGUUGGGGAAAUUUACUUAAGUAAAUUUUUAAUUUCAUAUGAUUAGAACUGUUCAUCCUCUUAUCUCCAAUGAAAGUUAAAUACCAUAACUAAUGGAAAACUUGAAUUAAUUAUUUUUGUAAGAACUUGCUUUAAAGAAAAAUGUCUUCUACUAUAAAUACCAGUUCAAUACUUUGUUGAUACCUCACUGAAGAAUGUUUAUAAAAAAAAUGCAACUCCUUUCUCCUGUAACAAAGUUCAAAUCAGCAGUUAGAAACCUUGCAUGAACUAAUUUAGUUACAUUUUUUCUACUUCGAUUUAAAAAAGUGACUGUUUUAAUUCAUACUUAUCAGGUCAUGCAUGGUGGGCUUUUUUCUUCUGAUGAGGUUACACUGAAUGAUAUUGCCUCAACACAUCGGAAUAAACAACCCCCUGAAAGUGGUAUGUCAAUUUUUUUUUAAUGUUCCAUAUGAGUAAAACCCUCAAAUUUGAUAUGAAAAUUUUAGUUUAAUUUUUUUUAAUAUAACGUUAGUCAAAUAUAAAAUUUGUCGGAGAAGUUCUGCAAGCAUCCAUAACAACACUCAUCUUCUGAUGAGUCAUUCUUUCAGCAUUACAAUUUCAAUAUACUUUUUCAUGUAGGUAUUAUGUGUGAGCUGUUGUGGUCAGACCCCCAGCCUCAGGCUGGACGAGCCCCAAGUAAGCGAGGGGUAGGUGUCCAAUUCGGACCUGAUAUAACCAAGAAAUUUUUAGAGCGCAACAAUUUAGAUUAUGUGGUCAGAAGUCAUGAGGUGAAAAAUGAGGGCUAUGAAGUGAUGCAUGAUGGAAAGUGUAUAACAGUCUUCUCAGCACCAAAUUACUGGUAAGUUUUUAGUAAUCACUUCACUGUCAUUUCACUGAAAGAAAUUUAAUGCAUAAAAUAUUUUAUUCUGUCUAUUAAAUACCAAUUAUUUCGAGUGAAAAAUAAAUAAAAUGCAUGAAAACAUUUCUUGAAAAAUGAUAAAUUUUGAUAGAAUUAUUUUAUUGAAUUGUGAAUUUUAUCAAUCUGAAGAUUUUUUAUUGAUCAUUGUUGUCUUGGUAAAAUCUAAGUGUCUCUGUUCUUUUCUUCUUUUUGUUUUUGUAUAUCCAUUAUAUUUGUAAUAUAUGUUAAUGUUUUUAUACGCACAUGAACUUUCAGUGAUACAAUGGGAAAUAAGGGAGCCUACAUCAAUAUUACAGGAGACAACUUAACACCCAAAUUCACAACAUACAGUGCAGUGGUGAGUAAAAUAUCAGAGUUAAUAAUAUAAUAGUUCUUAUAAUAUAGUGUUGCAAUGGUAUCUGCCACUUCAAGGACACCUACAUGAGCAAAUGAAUUAUAAAAACAUGAGGCCAAUGUUUUCAUCAUUGGGGUAGAGUGGGGGGGUUAGGGCAUGCAUUUUGUCUCUUAUAGUUUAGAGAUAGAGUUGCAUUUUUCUUGCAAGGGGUUAGAGAUAGAGUUGCAUUUUUCUUGCAAGGGGUUGAUGGUCGCCUUCAAAUUUUGCAAAAGCUUUCCAUCUUGUAACACCCCUCCAUACCUAGCUGCUUAAUCAUUUUCAGGGACCCUAAUGCUAAACCAUAGACAGACUCCAAAUUUUAAAUACCGGUUCCGAUAUACAAAAUUAUUUUGAGAUAUAGAAAAAAGUAUGUAAAUAUUAUAUUAUGGCCAGACGUUUCUACCAGCUCCUCAGCUGUCACAGUUCUGUUUAAAUUGAAUUACUAAAUCAUUUCCUUCAAAUUACAUGCAUUAUAAAUGGUUAAAGUUAACAUGCAGUGUGCCCAAUUUAAUUAAUUAUGACCCACAUAAAUUAACAAAGUGGAUGUCAGAUCAUUGAUGUUGUUUUUUUUUUUUAAUUUCAGCCCCAUCCAAAUGUGAAACCUAUGGCUUAUGCAAACCCAUUUUUUGGACUAUUUUAGUUUUAUAUGAAUUUAGUUUAUGAAUGGAAAGUAUAAAUGGAUGUGCGAUUCAUUAGGUGUCAUCAAUACAUUACUUACCGGUACCCCAAAAAUAUAUUUUCAUACCACGUCACACCUGUUGUUUCAGAUAUCCCCUUUAUGUUAAUGAUAAUGCUCAAAAGAGCCUCAGUCAAGGUCUUUUAUUUUGCUUUCUAAAUCUUUUCUAUACAUAAUUAAAAACUAUAUUUUUGGGGGCUAAAAAUUGUUGACGUCUCCUAUCAUUCUACUUCUAAAAGUCCACCUCUUUGAAACCAAUUUUUAAAAAAAUGUUAUUGUUAGAAAUAGUUAACACCUGUAGCCUGUAGAUUUUCCAGGUUCAGAAAAACUACUGUUUAGGAAAUAUUUAAAAAAUAAUUAAUGAAAAUGUAAUUGAAUGCCAUGGAUUGGCCAGCAUGGUACUGCUAUGAAAUCUCCUUAAACACCCUACCCUCCUGAAUCACCUUGGUGCAGUAAUGUUAUAAUGUUAACUGUGUUAAUAUGUGGAUGACCUCUAAUCUAAAUUUUAUAUCACAUUAGCAUUUUUAUAAGUUUUGUACACCUUUCUGGCAUUUGAAAGAUAGAUGUGAUUGUAGUGUACAGUUAUUUAUAUGCAGAUAUCAGGGUUAGUUUUAUUUUUAUUUAAUGUGUUUUGAAUUAGGGAAUGCUGGGUCAGGGGUUCUUAGUGGCUGGUUGAAUGCUAUGGUUGCAUUAAAUUGUUGCAAAGUUCAUUUUUUAAAGUUCAAAUUAAGUCUGUGUUGGUUAGAGGAAACAAAAAAAAAACUGAACUAAAACUGUUAACAUUUCUUGUAACUCAAGGCUUAUGUGUGAAAGAUCCACAGUCUAUCUUUAUGAUUAGUGCUUCUUUUGAUAACUGUUACAGAAUCUUCCAUACACUGCUCCUUGUUGUAGCUUGUGCUGAUAUUUCAUGCAUCUCAAAAAUUAAAGCUGUAAAAAGAAAUCUCUGAGUAAAAUUUUUAGUAUUUAGAUUAUUAUUAUAGAGUUUUCUAGUUUAUUUAUAAAUAGAAAAAUAUGGGGCUUUUGCUUGUAAAUUGUAAUGCUUUUAAAAAGAUUAGUUUUCUUUAUCACAAAAUAAUGAAAACAAAUUUUAUGAGAACAUAUACCGUAUACCUCUGUGUGUUUUUAUGUUUAUUUUAUGACUAUGUCUAACACUUUUUGAUGAAUAAUAUUUGCCAUUUCAUUUAGUAUUGAAUAAUCCUAAAUCCAUUCGCCCAACUAUUUAUUGAAAUCAUCCAAAAACAGUUACCUCUGUUAUGUUAAAUAAUUUAAUUUACGACAUCAGAUGCUUCAUUUUGUAAGUUUAACUCUUGUUAAAUUGGCUAUCACUGAAGGAAUUUUUUUUAUUUAGAAAAGUAUUAUAGCUUUCAUGUUAUCUAUCAACUGUCUAAAAGCGAACCUUAGUAAAUUGUUAUGAAGAGCUGUGUUCUCUUUUUUAAAAUGUAAUUAUUGUAAUUAAAUUUAAAGCAUAUUCAGAACAAAGACUUAAAUUUAAAUUAUCUGUAUCCUUACAAUUACAUUCUGAAGAGCGCAUAAUGCAGUUUAAAUCUAAUUUAAAGAAUUUUUUUGUAAGUGAAAUUUUAUGAAUAUGUGAUAUGAUUCCUGGGAAUGAUAAAGAAAAAUACAGCAUGAACUAAGGGAACAAUAAAAUCUGGCAGCUGUUAAUGUAGUUUCUUUUGUUUUUUUUGUAAAUCAGUGAUAUAUUAAAUCAAAUCUAUAUUUUUUGUACCUGGGAAAUGAAUUAUGGUACUAUGAGAUAGCUAGUCAAAAAUUUUGAUUUAUCAAUAUUAUGUAAUGACAUAACUAUAGUGCUAUACACUGUUGCUUGUCCUUAGAACAUUAACAAUUUAGUAAAUUCCAAAUAUUUUGAUUUUAUGUCUUUGGUUGCCAUAACAUCUUCGAAGUAAAAGUAGGUGUUAAUUAUGGAGAGGGAUUCUUGUGAUAAUUAGUAUAGGUAUAUUAUAGGCAAGUAAAAUUGAUCCUUGAAUUUUUUUAUUCUUCAUUUUUUUAAAAAAAAAGGUGGGGGAGCAUAUUAGAUCUUAAAUUAUCAAUAUGAUUAUAGAA